UUGUGUUCCUUCAGUCUGCUGCGGAUCUCCACAGCGCCAUUAAAUACCAAUUUAACUACAUUUUAAUGUUCAGCAGCUCCUCUAUUGAAUUCAUACACCCCCCCGGGGUGUUCGAAAGCUAGAAUAAGUCGGAGGAACAACAACACGGGAACGCGGAAAGACUGUUCGUCUUGUUUUUCUACUUUUUAAACAACAGAGGAUGAAAUUCCUGCUGCUUCUGCUGUUUGUUUCUCUCGUUUGUCUCAGCAGCGGCUUCAAUGAGGUGGAAUAUGGGAAGAGAUAUGGGUUUGACAUGACAGAAAGAGCUCACACUUUGGAGUUCACUCCGAAAGACAGCUGGACUCCAUCAGUGCUGUGGAGACGCAGAGACACUCAGGUCGCAGACGGACAGAGGUGGAGGGUGUCUGGAACCUACUUCGAGAUCCCCAGUGUCACUCACAGAGACAGCGGCACCUACAGAGUGCUGGAUGACAGAAGGAGGAGGCGACUUGAGGAGACGCUCCAUGUAUACCAUCAUACAAUCGAAUUGGAUCUGAAGUCGGGCCAGCGCAUCUACUUCAGUGGUAAUGUGGCGAAACAUUCCUGCAACAUCUUCUUCUUUCCAAAAGCGGGAUAUGAGAUGCAGCUGGUGCAUGAGGGCGUUCUGCAAGACGACAUCGACAAUACACCUUGCAGUGGGUUUUAUUUUGAAAAACCCUGUCAGUUGUCAAAUGAGAACCCUGACUCGUCAUGCAGUGGACAUUAUGAAGUCAGGGAUGAACACGGUGACGUCACCUUGGACGUGUACGUGGAGAUGCAGUCUCAAUAUCCAAUAUACUUUGUCAUCGGAGGUUUCAUUUUGGUCGUUAUACUUGUGAGCUGCUGUGCAACGCGACUCUGCUGUGGACGGUCCUCAUCGAGGACCAAACCUCCAGCUGUUUCUGAGGCUGUUGUAAGACAUAACGAGUAUGAACAGGAGCCUGUCGGACCGAGACAAAACCAGCUCAGCCAGGCUCCGAGGACACGGCUCGCCGCUGAGCCCUCUCGUACCACGACUGGACCGCUGAUACACGAUGCUCCGAGAGUGAAUUUGCCACCGGCUUAUUCUUCGAUGUAUCCUCAUGUGCAUCAGCCAGACGGAGCAGCUGAGCCGCUCUGCUCCGAACCCGAGCCUCGGUUUGAACCGAAAGGAUUGAACUUUAACUUCACAGCCCCCCUCGGUUCCGAUUCAACGCAGUCCGACGUUUAUACCUCAGACAAACUCAACUUCCUUUGAAAGACGGGACUCCCACAUUUUGAAUUGUGUUCAUUGGUGUGAUUCUUUUUUUUUCUUUGUUUCAAGUCUUUUGUUGAAUAUGGUUUGUCACCACUGACCUCCUGGAGUCACUGUUUGAAUCCUGACAGGCGAUUCAAGCCGUAAUGUAAUCUGGCACAUCAACAUGGACAGAAUGGUCUCUUUUGUUAAAAACAGCAUUUGUAACAAAGAAAUGUAUCAACAAAUAUGUCAGCUGAACAUGCUGUGAGGAAAAAUCUCCUCUCUCUUAGCUACUUCAACAAGCCAUAAGUUUGUUUCCACUUUAUUUUGCGAUCUGGAUAAAAACUGCAGCUCAUUUACCGCGCAUGAGCAGAAAUCAUGAAGAGUUGCUCUAUUUUCAGUGUAUAAAUGAGGAAAUCAUCAGCUUGAGUCCUCAUAAUUCACAUCUACAGUUUAUCUUUUUUUUUUGACAAUCAGUCUACAACCAUGAAACAAGUGAAGAUAAUAAUUUACAUCUGCAUUUUGACACUUUUUUUUAUGUACUUUUUAAACCUCCAAAGCCACAAGCCGCAAAACGUGCCUGAAAGAUCACAAGUUUAAAGCCAAAGAUCAGAAUUAUGCUGCCAGUAAAAGCAUAAUUUUUUUUAUGGGAGUGUAUACAGUCAAAAUCAAAAUACGUUCAAAGUACUGACAGAGUUUUAACAGUUUAACUGGUCUGGUAGUUUGUUGUAGGACUGGAUGCUGAGUGUGUUUUAUUAUUAUUAUUGUGAUUAUUAUUAUUGUUAUUAUUAUUAUUAUUAUUAUUAUUGUUUUGGAGUUCUGCAAGUGGUGUAUUAUUUAUUGCAGAUCAGUUUGUCCGGUUAUAUUUUCAGGGAAGAGAAUUGCAUUAAUACACAGCCAUGUAUUUAUUUAAGAUAAAGACAGAUAUAUAUUUUGAUUUGAGAUCAUGGCGUAAUUUCAGUGAAAAUGUAGCUCUCUGGGCCACACAGGUGGAGUGGUUACCUUCAAAACUCACAGUGAGAAAUUCUCCCUUUUCAUUCUGGGCUUGAGUCUCUUCUUGCAUGUUUUUAGAAAUGUUUACAUAUUUUUGAUCAGUUUGAUUAGUUGAGCGUAUCUCUGUUUUCUGAGGCUGCCUGCAUGACCCCAACCCCCUGCGAGACCGUGGGCGAUGUGCUACAUGCAUGCAGCCGGGGAGGGGCCAUGCUCACGCAACCCGCCCCCAGUAUCCAACGAGCUGUGGGACUAAAAGCGAGGACGUCGUUGUUCUUGUGCAGAAUGUUAGUACAGGAAACAUUUCUAAAAGCACUGUCUUACGCUUUUGGCGGUACUCGCGCUGUUGGCGGUACCUCCGCCGUUAGCGGUACUCACGCUGUUGCAGUGUUUCCACUGUAGCGGUGCUUACACUGUUGGAGUAUUUCUCCUGUAGCAGUACUUGUGCUGGUUGCGGUGUCUCAGCUGGAUUGCGGUAUCUCCGCUGUUUGGGGUACUUACACUGUUGGCAGUACCUCCGCUGUUAGCGGUACUUACGCUGUUCGCGGUGUUUCUGCUGUAGCAGUGCUUAUGCUGUUGCGGUAUUUCCACUGUAGCGGUACUUACGCUGGGUGCAGUUUCUCCGCUGGUUGCGGUGUCUUCACUGAUCGCGCUCUCUCCACUGGGUGCGGUGUUAUGCUACUCGUGUUGUCUGCGCUCUUUGCGCAGCAGACCGCUCCGUGUUCUGCCCGAGUGGCGACAUAGCCUUCCGUUCUUAGUGUUAAUUAACUGUGCGGCCGGCGUUUCCAGCCUGCCGCCCUGUCCUUUCCCCACACCCGUUGCUCGGUGUGUGGCACCGCUCCCGCGGGAGCGGCGAGGCAGUCGUUUUCCCCCCACACCCACUUGUUUUGUCGUGCAGGUGGGCGAACGCCCCUUCCCUCGGCUUACCGCACCACCAUCCUGGGCACCUGAUACUCCGACUGGUGGUGCCACUGCAGAGCAGUGGGGAGCAGGUGGACGCCCCCUUCCCUCAGCCUCCACAGACAGGAUGUGGCAUAAGGUGCGAGAGAAGGGUGUUCGGCGAUGGACGAUUUUCAUCACGGUGUUACCUGUGGAGCCCCCUACAGGCGAAUCACGGCUGCUGUCCCCGUUGCCUUGGUCUCAGUCACCUCAGGGAGUCACUGUCAAACAAUCCGUGCAUGGACUGUGGCUCCAUGCCUAUGCGCAGCGGCCUGCUGGGCUGGAGCAGGUCCCUGCUGCUGCUGGGGGUUGCCAGGGGUCUCCCGUUUGUGGCAGUUGCCUGCCACUCAGCGCCCCCCCAGAGGGUCAGGGGGUUGGACUGUGGCUGCCAUGCAUGAUCCGGCUGGGGCCGGCCUGGAGCUCAUGCCCAAUGCUAUGGUGUCCCUCAGCUUUGCAUUACCAUUGUUCUGGCCUGCUGCACGCACCCGCCCUGGCUGUCGGGUAGCGCUAUGGCAGACGGGGGAAGGAGCCGUCAAGCUUCCCUUCUUGGACGGCCUGAUGUUCUGCGUUGCUGUGCGGACGGUGUACACCCCCUUCCUGCAGCUUACCGCAUCACUAUUGUCUGGCUGAUUUUGCUAGUGUGUGGUGCACACCCCCCCCGCUUCUGUCGUGAUGCCACUAUAGAGGCUGUUGGAGGAGGGAGCUGCUGGGCUGUCCUUCUCCUGGGCAUGGCCUUAGCUGUGAUUAAGAGAGCUUGGAAAGAGUUAUCUAGGCUUGGAGUCCAGACGGCCGAGGGGGGCCAUUGGUGCUGACGGGUUCGGCCCUGAGCCGACCUGGUUUUCUCUCGGAUUUGAUCCAAGAUAGACGCACCACAGAGCUUGAGAGGUAUUAUGGUAUAGCCUCUACACCAGGACUGGUCUGGUGCCUGUGGCAGUUGGGUUGAGAAUUUCCCCAACGGGCUAACCUGUACUGUUACAGCUGUAGAUGGCGUGCAGAAGUUUCUACUGGUGAGACUUGUUGAAAACCGCGUGAGUGUGAUACUGCAAGAAUGGAUAACCAGCAAGUUGAGAUCUGCUGUGAAUGUGGCGGUGAGAAAUAUGAGUGAAAUGCAUAUUCCAAUGCUUGCUGCGGUUUUACAGAUAAGAGCUGCGGAGCUGGCUAAGAGUCACAAUUUACUGCCCGAGUUUUAAUUUUUGGCUGGUUACGCAGACAACCGAGUAAUCUAAGAACACCGAGAGAAUUAAAGUAAUGCAUGGUGGUUUUGCAUUUGCUGGUUAAAAGGUGAUUGUGACUCCUCGCUUGUGCCACAAAACCGGCUGUAGAAGGGAAGCAGAAAGAUAGAAAUGCUGAGUUGAGAGAGGAGGAUCUGUUUUCGUUCACAGCGGCAGCUGUGGAGAAUUGACAGAGAGAGAGCGAGAGAGAAGCGGAGUGGAUCAUAUGGAGAAUAAUGAAGAAAUGAAGAGUUUGAUAUACAGCAGUACAGCAUUCUUCAGACACAGUAAUUCCGUGAUUAACAAGCUAAUAAAGCAAUUAUAUUAAGAUUAAAAACCCCAAUUAUAAGCAACUACGAUUAUGAAAUACAUAAAAACAAAGAUUAAGAUAAUGAGGUCAUUAAAAGAAGAAUAUAUACAGCAAUAUUUUUAAUUCAGGUAGAGGUCAUGAACUAAGAAAAAUCUAUAUUUCAAUGUGAAGUUUGAGCAAAUGAAGAAGUGAGGGUGUCAGCAGUUCUUGUUUGUUCAAGAACGAAGAGCGCAAGAACUAGAAGCUGCUGAACCUUGUGUCUCCUCGCUCUGGGAAUAUUUAGUAAACCUCUUCCUGAGGACCGUAGGGGUGCAGAAACAUGCACAUGGGCCCAGAUUGUUAUUUAUUUGGUCAAAAGUCAACUCCAAAAGAAAAUCUCAAAAUUUCUUCAAGUUUUAACACUCCAAGAAGAAAAGCUCUACUGUUCAUAAAUUUUUGUUCUUAUGAUAAAGUAAUGAAGUACGGUAAUUAAAUCGCCUGCAUCUUUUUCCGGACUCUCAGGGAAGCUGUGUUUUCCUGACAGCACUUGAACGCAGCGCGAGCGGAAACGCCCGUUGCGUUCCUUCAGUCUACUGCUGAUCUCCACAGCGUCUUUAACUACCGAUGUAACCACAUUUUAAUAUUUAGCAGCUCCUCUAUUGAAUUCAUACACCCCCCGGAGUGUUUGAAAGCUGGAAUAAGUUGGAGGAACAACAACAAGGGGACGCGGAAAGACUGUUGGUCUUGUUUUUCUACUUUAAACAACAGAGGAUGAAAUUCCUGCUGCUGCUGCUGCUGCUGCUGUUUGUUUGUCUCGUUUGUCUCAGUGAGUAAAUGUCUUAUCAGUGUCUUCAAAAUAACGCGCAGCUUGUGAAGCAUGUUUGUGAUACAACAGUUUGCUGCAAAAUGUUUUUUGUGUUUGUUCUGUCACUGUAUGCAAAAUGAUUAUCUGUUCCCCCGCCAUGAAAUAAACAUUACCACUUCCGCUCC